UUGAGAAUCUGGGGUUGAAUACGCGCCGGAUGAUCUUCCCGAGGCCCUGGUAUUGUAUCUAUCUGCAGGACCGUUUGGGCAAAAACUGGUGCGGGUCGAAAAAGGAGCUGAGAACUAAUUAAAGCCAACUGAGAAUAUCGAAGACUGGCCAGAAACAAGCAGAGAUGACUACUUACAAAAUGGUCGGAAAUGACCAGGAAUUGCACGAACUUACAAGAAAUUUCAAGAACUUACAAGAAAAACCCCCAAAUGUCACCGCACUUUCUCCAAGACUAACGAAAAAUCAAACAACUGCAUUUCUACUUUCUGCUUGAAUCACGGCGCGCGCCAGUCAACUAGUGGACCGGGCUGGGCGCACACCCGUGCACCACCAGAAAAACCGGGCUUGAGAUGAGAUGAGGUCUGCGAGGCGAAUUCUUUGAGCAGCGAUAAUAGUGGAUCUGAGCCUUACUAAUGUCUGCUUUCAGCUCUUUGUUCAGUGGUGCCAAAGUCGACGAGACGGUCAAUGACUUGUUGAACAAAUCCCUGGGACCCGUGGGAAGACAGGAUGUCAGGCCCAGAACCGUGGUGGAAGUUCCUGAGGAAACUGCUUCCACCGACAAAACCUCCGGCUCGCAGGCCGAGGGUGCUGUUGCCAAGCCGGUAGAUGCCUCCGAGCCAGUGGAGGCUCCCAAAAAGAGAAAGUCGCUGAAAAAAAAGCGCGGGGAUGAUGACGAGAACGAGGCCUUAGAAGCUGAGUACUACGCCAAAGUGACCGGCGAGCCCGAGUCAUCCGCGGAGGAGGAGCAGAAGGUUGAAGCAGCAGGUAGCGACCAAGAGGCCCCUGAGUCUUCUGCCACAAAGACCCCUGCAGACCGUAAGCUGAGCGUGGCCAAGUCCGUCGACUUGAAGGAAGUAGAGCUACAAAAGGCGGAGCGCACCGUAUUUGUCGGCAACGUGUCCAACAAAGUGAUCUCGUCCAAAACCACCUACAAAGAUUUCAAGAAGAUCCUCAGAAACAUCGGUUCUGUGGAGUCGAUCAGAUUUCGGUCCAUCGCGUUCGACGAGGCGCUCCCCAGGAAAGUUGCGUUUGCCAGAAAAAACCUCCACGACAGCAGGGACACCUUGAAUGCCUACGUCGUCUACAAGGAGAAGGAGGCUUCCUUGAAAGCCCCCGAGAGGCUCAAUGCUACGGUGUUCGACCACAACCACAUCCGAGUCGAUCACGUGGCUCACCCGAGCCCCAAGGACAACAAGAGAACGAUCUUCGUGGGCAACCUUGAUUUCGAGGAGAAGGAGGAGUCUCUCUGGAGGUACUUCAACUCGAAGGUGGACGACGACGUGGAGUCUGUCCGAGUGGUGCGAGAUGCCAAGACCAACAUGGGUAAAGGCUUUGCCCUUGUGCAGUUCAAGGACACGUUGUCCGUGAACAAGGCGUUGCUUCUAAACGACAAGCCCAUGACCAGUGAGGGGAAAAAGCCCCGCAAGCUCCGGAUCUCGCGGGCCAAGAACAACGCCAAGCCCUCCGUCAUUUCCCCCAACCACUUCGACAACAUGAAGAAAACGCAGAAGCCCAAGGCCAGAUUGACCGAUGACCAAAAGACCAAGAUUGGGCGUGCCAAGAAGCUCUUGGGUAAGGCUGACAGAAGCAGUGCUGGCCAGAUGGUUGCCGAGGGUUCGAGGGCCAGCAAGGGCCAGACCAUUGCGGGCAUCAAGGGUUUGAAGAGUGCGCAAGGACGGGUCAAGAAGCCUAGAAUCACCAAGAGAUCUACGCUGUUCAAGCAAGACAGAAAGAAGUUUGAGAACCUCCAUUGAGGAACGCGAGGCGGGUCUGAACAAGAGCUCCAGAGGGCAGCGGUUAAAUACGAUCAAAGCAUGAAAUGCAUAGUCAAGCAACGAGAGACUGAAUCUGUCAACGGGCGCCUGCUGAGUUGCCUGCCCGGAGCAAAGCCUAGCUUUAAAAAUCUAGGGCUUUGUAUGUAGGAGCUCUGGGUCGAGCCGUUGGUCUGCGCGGGUCUUGGCUGGGCUCUUGAUUAGAAACAUGGGGGUCAAGAAAUCCCACUUUCUCUGUUUUCUCUGAAGAACUUUGUACUACUUAGUGGAGGCAAUCUGAAAAACGGCAUAUUUGCGGCCCGGUCUCCCGGGCCUUCGCAUGAUCAGUGUCCUUUAUUUUUUAUUUGCCCUUAUCGCUUCCCCAUAUCUGCGCGUGCAUUAUCACCCUGGUGGUCCUGCGGCCCCAUCUACAGGACCCAGCUGAUAAAGCGAUAUGAGCCCUGCUCGUAGUAUAUAAAGAACAGGAAUCCCACCCACGUCCC